CUUCUUUGAACCCUACUGGAAGCGUGCUUCCUGACAUUCUUUUCUUGAAUACCCACAUAGAAGCGUGCUUCUGUCCUUUUUUCCACCUACCAACCAAACACCUUUGAACCCGAACCGAUCGAAAAGUAGCAAUCAUGCAUUUCAGCACAUCCUCCAUCUACUUCGGUGUCGUCGCCUUGUCUUCGACUUCCGCUGUCCUCGCAGCUGCUCCCUACGGACAGUGCGGUGGUCAGGGUUUCCAGGGCGAUGCUACCUGCCCCCAGGGAUGGUCCUGCGUCAAGAGCAACGACUGGUACAGCCAGUGCGUUAGCGGUGGUGGAAACGGCCAGGCACCUCCUGCUGCUACCGGCGUGGCACCGGCACCCGUUGUUCCUUCCGCUGCACCAGUGCCAUCGAUGAACGCCACCGAGCCCAUCGCCGCCCCUGUUGCGAUUGCUCAGCCUGCUGCCACUGGCUCAGCCGGUGGUGCCAACGGCUCUACCCCCAACGUUGCUGGAAGUGGUGCCAACGGUGCCAAGUGCUCCCUCGACGCCGCCUUCAAGUCGCACGGCAAGAAGUACCUCGGUGUUGCCACCGACCAAGGUGCUCUUGGCAAGGGCAAGAACAAGGAGAUCAUCGUCGACAACUUCGGCCAGGUCACUCCUGAGAACAGCAUGAAGUGGGACGCCACCGAGGCCACCCAGGGCAAGUUCACCCUCGACGGCGCCAACGCGCUCGUUAGCUUCGCCACCGAGAACAACAAGCUCAUCCGUGGCCACACCACUGUCUGGCACUCCCAGCUCCCUACCUGGGUUUCUUCCAUCACCGACAAGACCAAGCUCCAGGAAGUCAUGGUUGCCCACAUCAAGAAGCUCAUGACCACCUACGCCGGCAAGGUCUACGCGUGGGACGUAGUCAACGAGAUCUUCAACGAGGACGGUUCCUUCCGCUCCUCCGUCUUCUACAACGUUCUCGGCGAGGACUUUGUUGCCACCGCUUUCGCUACCGCAAAGGCCGCCGACCCAGAGGCCAAGCUCUACAUCAACGACUACAACCUUGACAGCCCCAGCUACUCCAAGACCAAGGCCAUGGCCAGCAACGUCAAGAAGUGGAUCGCUGCCGGUGUCCCCAUUGACGGUAUCGGUUCCCAGUCUCACUUGUCUGGCAGCUGGCCCAUCUCCGACUACCCUGCUGCUCUCAAGCUCCUCUGUGGCUCCGCUCCCGAGUGCGCCAUGACCGAGCUCGACAUCAAGGGCGGAUCUGCUGCUGACUACAAGACUGCCGUUACUGCCUGCUUGGACGUUGAGAACUGUGUUGGUGUUACCGUCUGGGGUGUCAGCGACACUGACUCUUGGAUCGGUGCCGCUUCCACCCCUCUUCUGUUCGACGGCAGCUUCAAGGCCAAGGAGAACUACAACGGUCUCUGCACCGCUCUUGCUUAAAUGCGUAGGGUUAGAGUACGAGGGUCGUCAACUGACUCUGCCAGCUUUCGGUAGACGUUGAGUGUUUGUUUUGUUGAGAUGGGAUGGUAUUCUAUCGUAUAUAUAUUUACUUCUUUAAGAUGAGCACAUCAUCUUCCAAUUGAUCAUUGUUGAAUCAUUUUUAAUCUAUUGCUAUAAACGUGAUAAGGUGAUGAUGAUAGGAUGUUACAU